UACAGGUGCUGUAGGUGGUCUUCUAUGCAUGUGAUCAAACCAUCUUAGUACUUUCUCUCAUUUUACCACCUAUUGGAACCACUCCUAGGUUCCUCCGGAUGACUUCAUUUCUGACCCUAUCCUUUCUAGUUUUUCCAUUUAUCCACCUUAGCAUAUGCAUUUUUUCCACACUCAAUUUUUUGGACAUGUUUCUUGGCUGCCUAACACUACUCCAUACAACAUAGCUGGCCUUACAAUUGUUUUAUAUAAAUUUCCUUUUAAUCUAAGUGCUAUGUGCUUAUCACAUAAGAUUUUGGAUGCACUCCCUCUUGCCUAUCCUGCUCUAAUUCUAUAGGUAACAUCCUCCUCAAUCUCUCACUUGUUAUGAAUUAUCGAACCAGGGUACUGGAAAAGGUCACACACAUUAGUUAUCUAUUUGUCUCCAAUCCUAACUUCCUAACUAUACCCUGAUUUUCAACAACAACAAGAAACAAUAGUGAGAAGUGCUGUUACAAGUUAACUCUGAUGCAGGUUUUCUGAAUGGUGGUGUAGCUAGCUAGCUAUGUUGUUGUUCUUUUUGGCCCUCUGGCUGCUGCUUCUCCAAUUCAGGCAGAAGUGAUGGUGUUGAAACAAAGUAUCCUGCUUGCUAUCAAAAUUUGCUAGAAAUAGGUGGUGUUUGAGUUGGAUUGUCUACACCUUACAAAGGCUAUGCUUAAAUAAGGUUCCUUGGGGGCUGCUAAUACUGUGUUUUUAAGAAAACCCAGAAGGGAUGUCAAUGACCGAUUGACUGGGAGACAGAUUGAGUCGACAAGCGAGAUGUUUAGAAGGGGAAACCUUGGAAGGUUCCGUAGAGGAACUAGGAGAUGGGGAGCAGAAAACUGGUACAAUAGGGGGGCCCUGGGGCAAGAGUUCGAAAAAAACUUCACUUAUGGCAAUGCUGUGGCUGCAGGAGCUUGGCCAGAGUUUAAGGUUGCAAAUAACUUGGAUUCGAUUUGAUUCGAACCCGAAUUUGAUCAGAUGGGAGUGUUUGAAGGAUAUUUUACUUGGUGACUGGACAGAUGGCAUAUUAUGCAGCAUUGGUAUGCCUAUUAUCAGAGGUUCAGAACGCUAUAACUGUCAAGUACUUUGUCUAAACAGAAAGAUACUCAUGAUCCGCCCAAAGAUGUGGCUUGCAAACGAUGGAAAUUAUAGGGAACUUCGAUGGUUUACAACAUGGAAGCAAAAUGACCAGCUUGUGGAUUUCCAACUUCCAAAUGAUAUUUCGGAAGCUUUGUUACAAAAAUCAGUACCUUUUGGUUAUGGAUACAUUCAGUUUCUAGACACAGCUGUUGCUGCUGAGAUCUGUGAAGAGCUUUUUACACCUUCUCCUCCACAUGCUGAGCUUGCAUUAAAUGGUGUAGAAGUGUUCAUGAAUGCAAGUGGAAGUCAUCACCAACUAAGGAAGCUUGAUCUUCGUCUUCGAGCUUUCAUAGGUGCUACUCAUACCCGUGGAGGGGUUUAUAUGUACAGUAAUCACCAAGGAUGUGAUGGCGGUCGCCUUUAUUAUGAUGGAUGUUGUUGCAUAGUGAUAAAUGGAGAUGUGGUUGCUCAAGGAUCGCAAUUUUCAUUGAAAGAUGUUGAGGUUUUGGUCGCUCAAAUAGACCUAGAUGCUGUUGCUAGUCUCAGAGGAUCCAUAAGCAGUUUUCAAGAGCAAGCAAGUUGCAAAUCAAAAGUUUUAUCAGUUGAAGCACCAUACAAGCUUUGCCAAUCUUUUACCCCCCAAAUGUCUCUUUCCAGUCCACUUAAGAUUAGAUAUCACUCUCCUGAGGAGGAGAUAGCUUUUGGACCUGCUUGCUGGCUUUGGGACUACUUACGAAGAAGUGGAGCUUCAGGCUUUUUACUUCCGCUUUCUGGUGGAGCAGAUAGCUCUUCAGUGGCAGCCAUUGUUGGGUGCAUGUGCCAGCUUGUUGUAAAAGAAAUUGCAAACGGUGAUGAACAAGUCAAAGCUGAUGCAAUACGAAUUGGCAAAUAUGUUGAUGGACAGUUUCCUACUGACAGCAAGGAAUUUGCUAAUCGUAUAUUUUAUACAGUAUUUAUGGGAACUGAAAAUAGUUCAGAGGCGACAAAGUCCAGGGCAAAGGUCCUAGCAGAUGAGAUUGGCUCAUGGCACCUUGAUGUUUGUAUAGAUAGUAUUGUUUCUGCCUUGCUGACCUUGUUCCAGAAACUGACGGGAAAGUGGCCACGCUACAAGGUAGAUGGUGGAUCAGAUGCUGAGAACUUAGGGCUGCAGAACAUUCAAGCUCGAAUUCGGAUGGUGUUGGCAUUUAUGUUAGCAUCACUUAUGCCAUGGGUUCACAAGAAAGGAGGAUUUUAUCUUGUUUUGGGUAGCUCCAAUGUGGAUGAAGGAUUGCGUGGUUACUUAACGAAGUACGAUUGCAGCUCAGCAGACAUUAAUCCGAUUGGAAGCAUUAGUAAGCAGGAUCUUCGAACAUUUUUGCGAUGGGGUGCCACUCAUCUUGGCUACUCAUCUUUGGCCGAAAUUGAAGCAGCUCCACCCACUGCUGAAUUGGAGCCUAUACGGUCCAAUUACAAUCAGUUGGAUGAAGUGGAUAUGGGAAUGACAUAUGAGGAACUUUCUGUUUAUGGAAGAUUGCGUAAGAUUUUCCGUUGUGGUCCAGUGUCGAUGUUUCAGAACCUCUGCUACAAAUGGGGUGGAAGAUUAACUCCAUCAGAGAUAGCUGAUAAGGUUAAGCACUUCUUCAAGUACUAUUCAAUCAAUCGACACAAAAUGACUGUCUUAACACCUUCCUAUCAUGCUGAGAGUUAUUCACCGGAGGACAACAGAUUUGACCUUCGUCAGUUUCUCUACAAUUCAAGAUGGCCAUAUCAGUUCCGCAAGAUUGAUGAACUUGUACGCAAGUUCGGUAAGGAAAAAUUUUCUGGAGGUGGAAUCGGAGUUGUUGCAGCUGGCUCAGAUGAUCCUAAGGCUGGUCUUUAGGCCAGAAUAUAUAAGUAACUCGGUACAUGCAUUCACACAACCUAAAAUAAUUUAGGUACAAAAAUUAAUUGCCAUAUUUAGUUAUGGGCAUAAAUUAUACUCUUUUGAAGAGGACCACUUGAAAAGGAGUAAUGCAUCCACAGAAGAGGUCCUGAGAAUUCAUUUAUAUUAGUCAUUUUUUUCCACAUCCGGAAGGUGAAAUAUGGAUCACUCAACAAAACAGAUCCCUGAUUCAUGAAAUCAUAUGUAUACGUAAGGUAAAGUUUUUAUGUCAACUUCCUUAAAUCAGAUCUUGUUUGAAAGAACUGCUUUCUUAGUGCCAAAUUUUAUGAACCAUAAAAUGCAGUUUGCCCUAGUUUCUAUUUGCACUAUUUACAUUGUAGAUGUCUAGUUAUUCUAUCCUUGUAUAGAAUAAACUGAGGGUUAUCGUGCCACGAGCUUUUAGUAUACAUAUUGGGUUGCUAGUACAAAAGUAGGAAAUGGUCUCCUUGGGGUUCCAA